ACUGCCUACUACAACGAUAAGUUUUCUUAAGGGUUUUACGCGAAAUUAUAACACUUUGAAGUUUGUUGAGAGGAAGAUAUGAUCAUGAUCAACAUCUUAACCUUCUUGGCUGCCGUGGCUACGGUGACCACCCUUCCUGUAUAUAUACACUCUACCAAUGAAUGCAUGAAGGCUGAAAAUGUGACUGUAUGUGAGAUAGAUUUCAGGCUGUGCAGUGACGCGUUCGCAGGCAACGAGGAAGAGGAAACCGACGAGGAAAUUCACAGAGUCUGUAUAAAUGAACGCAGCCUUUUCUCCGAUGACGAGUCUUCAGGCGGGAACAUCUUUAACAACGACACCAGGAUCGCGGAUUUGCCAUUCAUCGGUACAGAGGACAUGAGCCAAGCUGUGAAGUUAUGCAUUCAGUACAAACGUGAUGGGAUGAGGCCCGACGGAACAGUCGACCCACAACCCCUGUUAGAAAGGCUGACUCUCGCCCUUAACGACACCCGUCCUGAUAUUGUCCAGCGCCUACAUAACGGCACACAGUCCUGCUCAACUGAAAACCUUGACUCCUGGAAGUCCUGCCUCCUCUCGAGAUGUAUCUUAGGCAACGCUACCUUAGUCCUACCGUCUGAUACUAUUUCUUCGGAAGAAUAAGAACGAGAUUCACGUGAUUGUAGCUUAUUUUUUAAAUGUCGUUUGGUUAUACUAGUUCUUUUGCAAGUUAUUUUGCAUGAACUGAAGUAGUGAAGAGAUUUUUUCUUUGAGAUGUUAAUAGUCUUAGAAUAUGGACAGUGUGUAUGAACUUAAAAUAAUGACUUAGCAGUUA